AUCCUAGUAGCGCAUGCUGCACGCUGCCCAACAAGUGUGCGAAGUGAAAAGGUCGCUCUCCGUGCGCCGGAAUUCAAUUUCCCAAAUGGAUACAUUGAAAUUGAGAGAUUUACCACAACCUAAUUAAAACCUAAUGAAGCCUCCGACAUGAAACGGAUAGCAGUAGGAAAAGGAAAUACAUAUCUGAGAUUUUGUUUAGCGCGUCACAAGCCAUAGUGCAGCAGACGGAAAAACAUCGUCCACUCACGCUCAUCGAAAGCAUAUACACGGCUCCAACGUAGCGACCAGUAGCAGUAGCAGCAGCAGCAGUGGCGAACACCACCAUGAAUCAAAUCAUCGUGCUAAGCGAGGGCUACUCGAAGUACGAGCAGAACGAACCGCCGUCGGCCGACGCCCCGAUGCUGGCCAACUGCACCUGCACCCUGAUCAAAGGCCCCGAUUGCAACGUCAUCGUCGACACGAUGACACCUUGGGAUGGCGAUCUGCUUUUACAGCGACUGCAGGAGCAUCAGCUGCAUCCGGACGACAUCGACUACGUCGUGAGCACACAUGGACAUUCCGACCAUCUGGGGAAUAAUAACCUCUUCCUGCGGGCGAAGCGGCACAUCGUUGGCACUAAUAUUUCCCACCGGAAUCGUUACUACGUCCAUGAUUUCGACGCCGGCCCCUACCGACUGACGGAUGACAUCGAAGUGCAGGCCACUCCGGGCCACACGCUGUCCUGCGUGACGGUGCUGGUAGCAAAGAGCAACCUGGACGAACGCCGCCCGGUUGCCAUCGCAGGCGAUCUGUUCGAGCGGCAGCAGGACAUCGAGGACGAGCGGCUGUGGCUUGAGGCGGGCAGCGAAGAUCCCCGCGCCCAGCGCAUCCAUCGCGCCCGCAUUGCCAACCUGGCCGGGUGGAUCAUCCCGGGCCACGGUGGUCCCUUUCGGGUCGAUGCGUCGGUACGCGAGAAGCUGAACAAACAGCAGGACCAGACAGGACCGUCAACCGAGGGUGAUGUUAUUUAACGAGCGCUGGAUUGGGUAUUCGUGUGUAGCUUUCCGGUAUGAAUGAAUGAUUGGAACAGUCGAAAAAAAAGGAACCUUUGAAGGGUGAUGCACGUUUUAUUUGUUAACAAUGUUUCGUGCUCGAGUUUAUCGUUAAACGUGUGCGUUUGUGUUGUUUUUAUAUGCUGAAUUAUGAACGCACGCGCAUUUGAAACGCCGCAAGCAAGUGUUGAUACACUAUUCCGUUUGAUUUCCGCUCUGUUGCGGUCUGUUUUCUCUUGUUUCUGUACGAAACUUUGAUCAUUGAAAAAAAGAGUACUAUUGCAAACAAAAAAACCAAUAUGCGAUGCAAAAUGGGGAAGCAAAAGGCAAACAUGAAAAAGGUAUUAAUAUAAGUGACUAUUCAAUAUGAUUAUUAUCCGUGUAUCUGAACAAGAAAAAAAAACAAACAAAUUGCUAUCAUUGUGCAUUACAAAUUAUCGAUUGUUCGUUCAUAGUGUUGUUCAAUGUAAUGGCAAAAACCCCAAAAAGCAAAGAAAGGGGCGCGCUGAAAAAAAAAGCGUUCAUUAAUUCUCCGCAAGGAUUAAUGGAUCGCGCUCAGCCCGUCGUCACCAAGUUGGUGAGCGGUUUACUAUACACAAUGUGUUACAAAUAAUUAAUCUGGUUGCAUUAAUCGUAAAGAAAACAAAACAAAACACGCAAAACAAAGAUGCAGUUACCUACCUAAUUGUUAGUCGGCAGAGUUAAUUGUUGUUUGUGUCGAAGCCCGGAACCCGAAGUUACGGAAUGUUUUGCGUUUUUUUCCGCUCCCUCUCCUUUUUACAUCGUUAUAUGCAGUUGUAUGCGCAUUUUGCUGGCUGACAAAGCUGGUUGCAGCAAAUGCUAGUCGCUUUAAAAAAAAACACACACACAGGUAGAACGAACGGAGUAGCGCUUGAUUGCGUUCGCUUCAUGGUUUUGGGAUGCAUUUAUGUAGGGAAAAUGGAAGAUGGUUGGUGGUGAAGCAAAUUGCGGUGAAGCAAGAGGACUGGCGCUAGACGAGCCAGUCGGAGGUUACGAGGUUUACCGUGCAUUAUUGCAUUGUUGGUUGAGCGAAGCGGGAUUGUAGAAAUGCUUACGAUUGAACGCUUUUUUACCGCUUAUUUCCGUAUCCUUUGCCGGUUUGCUUCCCACUCGAAGUUUGCGCAAACCGGAGAUUGAUGUUCGGUUGGGUUUACCGCGAACGUUCGGUAGCUCGGCUAUCCUCCCAUGAGAAUCCUAAAAAGAAUCAAAACAUCCCCAAAAUACACAGUUGGUGGAUCAAAUAGAGAGAGACAAAGAAAAGAAAAAAAAAACAAACCAAAACCACUCCUACGGAAACGUUCUCACAGAACGGACGGCAACGAUGUUGCCGAAUGUUGCAGACGCAAGCUUUAUGAGAAACAGAGAAAGAAAGAGGAAAACAAACUUACAUACCUAUGCUUUAUGGUUUUAACAAAACAAAACCCCCCCUUUGUUUGUGUUAAACCACAACCUAGCUUUCAAUGCGAAAGAAGCCAAGAGCCGCGGAGACGAGGCGGGAUGGCAUUUGGAAUGAAAGAAUUACAUACACAAUUUACAUAACUACACGAUAUUAAAUAAGCAGUUUAUUGAUCAUACAUGUAAACGUUAGUGGACUUAGAGUUUCAAACAAAAAAAUGUUUCUUAAACUACAAGCGAAUGAAAAAUGGCGGGAGACAAGAAAACACAAAACCACAUCACACAUUAUACACAGCAACACACACAUACACAGCACAAGAUAGUAAAUGUUUAUACAUCGGCAGAAGGAUACAUAGCAAAGCGUGGAAACUUCGCACUGUGAACGGCAAAACACAUGAACUAAACAAACAAAACAACUGGACAACACUUACUUGCAUCCAAAACUCACACAUUUAAAAAGAAUAAAAAAACACACACACGGAAAACCAAUGGUACCAAUUUUGAAAAAGGUUGUGCAAAGUAAACAAAUGAAACAAGCAACAAGAGAAAAAAACAAAACAAAAGAAGUAAACUACACAUCCACAACACAACAACAAAACCUCCCGUGUAGGGGAAAAUCUGCUGAUCUUGAUCUUUGUGCUAAGCCACGCCAUUUCUAUAGUGAACGUGAUGACACGUGGGAGACACAGCCACAGUCGCAACAACCAACCCACAAACAUACGCAUAUAUCUGUACACACAAACACCACCACACACAUACACGAUUUGAAAUCUAUGGGCUUACAGACAGGGAUAAUGGUGGCGGUGGUGGUGGUGUGGCGUUGGUGGCGCCGCUCCCUUCAGUCGGAUCCUUCUGCUUAAACAAGGGAACAGAAGGGACGCUGCAGUGGUGCCGGUGAUCACACGCACACUCACACACACACACACGCCCACCCAUACACCUGAUGCCUUCUUUAAACGAUGAUGCUUCUACCGAUUUGCCAACUUUUUGAAGACAACAGCUCUCCCGGAGAGGGUGGGGAAGGGCACUGCAAAACUGCAUACAACUUAGUAAAACUCACAGUCACUGGUAGUGCAUCUGGUAGUGUGAAGGAUGCCCCAGGCGGUAAUAGUAGAGCUUGGCUAGUUGUUUCGAAUACAAGAACACACUCACAAACGUACACAAAGCAUCACUCACACAUACAUAGACACACAACUAUAUACACAAUAGCAAUAUGUGCCCACGGUGGCAGUAGAACGCAGCAGCAGCGACAGGAUAAUAUUAUACAGCAAAGCGUAAAAUGCAUUAAAUCUUCGUAUAAUGAAUGUUUAGUUCUUAAAAAAACAAAACAAAACAAAAAAGCAAACACACGUACACACAUAAAACAAAGCAACAAAUUGCAAGAAACAAGUAAUGAAUAAUCGAAUAAGAGUUAUAUAUACACAAACACAUAUAUAUACAAAUAUAUAUAUAUAUAUAUAUAAAUUAUACAGCAAUGUAAUCAUCUCAUGAAUCAUCAAAAAAUCAUCAAACGCAGUAAUUAAACUAGCAGCGUAAGUGCAAAACCCCUUUUUGAAGGCGCUAAGGGGCGCCCCAGCUCCUUGGCGGAGACUAAGAUCGACUCCGCGCCUCCUGGCUGGCGGGAAUGGGGCGCCCAAUUUUACACCACUUGGAUCCGAAAACUAAAAUACAAGAUAUAACUACUACUACUACUAGUUGGUAAGGAACGUGAGUGAACCAGUCACGUAAAACAAAAAAUGGAAGGAAGCAAAACCCCUGGCAAACAGCAAAACAAAAAACCGAAAACUGUAACGAGUAAUGACGUUUUAGUAAUGGUAAGCAAAACAAUUAGCGUAUUUAGAAACAUUUAGUAAACGUUACGAGUUAAGUAAUAAUAGAGCGAUAGAAGGAAGAAUAGAAGAAGGAGAGUUGGAUAAGGAGGUGGUAGAAUUAGUGAAGUGAUUUGAAAAAGAAAAUGAAAUUUCUCCUCCCCGCUACAGCAUUGUAACAACAACAAGCGGCAAAAAACAGGAGAAAGCCUGGCAAACACGAUUUUCUACUAAGCGGAAUAUUUAUGCGUAAACAAGAAAAGGCUACAAGCAUAUAGAACAUAUACAUAUAUACAUACAGGCACACUUAAAACUUACAGUACAUAUAUACAACAACUAUGUAUGGAUAUACACAAGACAGAGGACAGCAGCGGGAGACGACAAAAAAGGCGCAUUUAGCUCUUGAGUAGUUUGCAGCAUUUAAAAUAGCGAUUAAAGCAAGCAGAACAAAACAAAACACAGAAAGACACACACACACAAAGAAAUGUUUAAUUGUUUCCUAUAAAACACAUUGUAAGCAAACCAUAACCUUAUGCAAAACUGAUUUAAUGAUGAUGAUGUUGAUGUUGAACUUACACAACAAGGCCAGCAGCAUGAUGCGCUCGCUCUUGGUGAAAGAAAAGGAAUACAAAAAAACAUAAAAAACAAGAAUGAAUGGUUGCAAAUCCCUGUUGAAUGACAGUGACAGUAGAAAAGAGCAGGUAAAAAAGAAGGAAAAGGACAUGUAGGUCACACAUGCUGACGAUCACAAUGGGAAAUGUUAUGCCGAUGAAUAGGAAUGCGGUACAAUGCGUAGUGCCGCCAAGUGCCGCCGGAAGUGUGUGUGUGUGUUGGGAAACUGUGCUGGCAGGAAACGGAACACUUAAAACAAUAAUUUGACCGUUAGUAUAGUGAGAGGCCAGUGGAGCUUUGAUGCGUUGUUGCGGGCGAAGAUAAUGAUAGAGAGCACAAAGGAAGGCGCAAAAAAGAAAUGAAAUGGCGAAAGCGAAAAGAGAGAGCGAGAGAGAAAUGAAAUCAAUAAAAUCCAUAUGUACCGCCCUCGCUGGCGAAUUAUAGUAGUGUUUGUAAAAGCAGCAAGCAGUAGAAGAAGUAAGGAAGAGGAGAGCAUUAAGGUCGUAGAAGAAGUAAAACUAUUUCACAAAAAAAUGUAGUGUGACUAAACGUAGCAUAUAUAAUUACUCUAUCAUGUUAUCAUGAACGUGUGUGUGUGUGUGAAGGAUAAGGUUAUGAUAAAGAAAGGGAACGAUAUAUAGAUUGUAUGGAAGACAUUGGGAUAAUAAUGUUAAAGGCAGUGUGCAGUACCCAAGUAUGCAAAAUUAAAAAAAAGAAAGAAAGAUCCCAUAUAUACACACAUACACACUAGUAAAUGAAUACGCAAAACCCUAUACAUAUAAAUAUAUAUUAUAUAUAUAAAACGAGAAAGACGUUACAGUGUGGCGAGUAGUGCAAAGUAAGCGAGUGCGCGCAUACAUUUGUUGAAAAAUACAGAUGAAGCUGCAGCAAGCAAAAACGCAAAAAAGCAAACAAAACAUAUUAAAAUUAUACUUAAAACAAGAAAAGCAAAACACAAUAUAUCUUAUAAAGCAACAGUAGAAAGGAAGUGAAUGCUAGUAAUGCGAACAAUGCGAGGGUGGAAAUGAAACGCAUGAAGAAGAAAAAAAAGAAGAAUAAGAAGAAGAAGAAGAAGAAGAAAAAGUGUCGUAGCAUGUAUGUCGAAGGCGAGUAAUUGAUACAUUAUUUAAGCUUGUACUUGUUAAAUGCGAGAACGCGCAGAACCAUUUCGGACAAUAUUAACGACCGAAUGGCCCUGAGCAGCUCUCAGUAAACACAUUAAACACACACGCAAACAAAUACACAAAACAUACAGCAUAGGAAAGGUUUUAGGAGAGUAGUCGAUUCAGAUGAAAAAUUAUAACACAAACGAUCGGAAACAACUAAUCUUUAGCUGCUAAAACCCGCCCCCAAUGUGUACUGUGAAUGAUGAAAAUGGGACAAAAAAAGGAGUAUAACGCGUUAGAGUUAGUGGUAGGAGAGUGCAAUGAAGGUCUGUUUAACUCAGAGGUCGUUGCUCGGGCCACAGCUUUGAACACAGCUGGCAGUUCGACUAGAGGGUGGCUGCAAAACAAACCAACACCGUGCAAACCAGCAGUAUAAAGAUAUUAAUCUUCCGACACAUGCUGUCGAAUUACGCCCGAGUAUGCUGCGAUGCGCACACUGUUUUGUAAACACUGUUCUACUCCAACUAUCAAACCGCUCCCACGGUAUCGUCUUCAAAUGACGCCGGAUGCAGCGACCUCUUUCUUCAAUAGACCUUGAAUGAAACGUAAUCUAAUAGCGAGUGUGUUAUGCGGAUUGCAUGAAUGUUGGCGUUUGUAGAACGAGCAUUAAGGAAAUGGAAGGAAAAGGCAUUAGGCAGUGAUUAUAUGGCUUCAGCUGUGCGGCUUACAUCGGGAAGGCUCUAGCAAAAAGCAGCGUUCAGUGUAUGACAUAAUGCAGGGCAGGCAAAACACAUCCUUCGGUGGUGUGAAAAUGUCACAACAUCAGAAAAAGGAGGAACACACAAAAAAAAACGAAAUACAAAAUCAGGUGAUAAAAACAACAUCCAUCAAGUGCAGAUGAAGGACAGUGCAAAAACAUAAUGUCUUGCUCUGCUCGGUUUUGCGGUAACACAGCAAGCGUGUCACAUUGCGAGUGUAAGCACACAGACGCACACACACACACACACACCAGUAACAAACAAUAACAUCGUAAUGGAAGGAUGUUAGUGCCAGUGAUACAGAUGAGGACAACAAUGUAACGUGCAGACCAAUCUUGAAUGGCGUGAAAUAGAACGGUAAAAAAACGCAGUAUUUGUCAUGCAGAAGAAAGAAACCCAAACCAAACACAAACAAAACACUACAAAGUGUAUGUGUGAAAUAGUAGACGCAACCAAAAAAAAAAAAAAAAAAACUCACAAUGCACAAACAAAGUGAAACCAGCAUACAGGAGCAUACAUUACAGGAAUAUACAGACAAGCUUCGGCAACAAACAAAAAAAAAAGCAAGCAAGCAACAAACAGCUACUAAAAGAAGAUGAAGAAAGGAGGGAGGAAAAUAUAAUAAUUCACAUAAUACGCACACCGAAGAAGCCCACAUGGAUUGAGUAUGGUUUGCUUUUGAGCAGAACACACAAGAUUGGCGGGGACGCUAAGAGAAUGAUUAAUUGAAACUUUCACAUACACAGAUACACACAUACAGCCAUAAAAAGCAUAAAAGCUACAGCAAAAAAAGGCAAAACAGAACAUGUAUACACUAGCAGUGCCAGUAAUCAAAAAGAUUUUCGAAAAGCAGAUAAAAACAAACAGAAAAAAAACAGAGCAAACGGCAACGCAAAGGCAUGAAGAAGUUAAUGUAUUACGCAGAAAAAAAGAGACAAGAAAAGGCAAAGCAAGUCACAUGAUGCAUGAUGGAAGCAGAAGGCAAAUACAAUGGGAAAGGGCAUUCCCGGACGUGGCUAAACGUAAUCAUGGCCUGGAAUUGUCCGGAAAGAAGAAGAAGAAAACUGUUGUAAAAGCAGGAAGCUAAACCCAAGAAAAGAAGAAAACAAGAAGAACAAACAACACAAACACAACAACAAA